AUGAAACCUAGAUCAAUUUAAUUAAAUGAGAGAAACAAAUAUGAGAUUGAAAAAAACUCUAUAGAUUAUUAUGUUAUUUAGAAAUUUAAACUGAAAUUAUUGGUAGUAGAUGAAACUAUCAAUAAUUAGAAUAAUAAAAUGAACAAUACAAAGAAAUUUAUUGGAAGUUUGAGAAUGGAAAAUAGAAAAACUAUUAUAAAAAGAACUGGAUGUCAACAAAAUGGUUGAAGAAAAUAUGAUUAUUUAAGAGAGAGAGAAAUUGAGUGAUUUUAUAAAUGUGAAUUUAUAAAGAAAGCAGAGAAAUCAAAGAUAAGAUUGAAAUAACUAAAAUUGUAAUUGUAUUAGUAAAUAUAUUCUUUCAAUAAUUUCGAUAAGUAUCUAAUGGCAGUCAAAAUGAUUUUUCAACACCUAGAAAAAUGAUGGUGGAUUGUUACUAGUGUAAAAAAAGAGUGAAGUAAGUAAUUUUCAUGAAAUGUCUUCAUAUGUUUUGUAAACCCUGCAUAGAAGAUAAUCAAAGGAAUCACAAUAGAGCUUAUCCUGUAUGCAGAACUAAAUAUUGA